CUAUGCGAAAGGAAAAGUGAAAAAAGCGACGACGAGGAAAUGGCUCCACCGUCGACAAGAAGCGCCGGAGCUCGCUAAUAAGCCUGUGUGACUGAGGGGAGUUUCGUCUCGCGGAGCCUGCCCCCGGUUUUCUAGCGGGAAGGGAGGCGGGUCUGGUUAGCAGAGAGAGAGGGAGAGGGAGGGAGGCGGUCCGCGAAGGCAGGAAGGGCUGUGGCUGAAGCCAGGGCUGUGACGGGGCAGGGCUGUGGGACCGAAGGAGGCCCGGAGCCCACAGAGGAGUUUCCUGCGUAACGAGUCCUGGGAGUCGAGCCGCGCUGGGCCGCGCCGGCCCAGUGGUGUUCAGUAUCUCCAGACAAGGCACAGAACAAGUGGAAAUGCAAAACUUAGCUUCUGAAAUUGGAGGCAAGGUGAAGCUGAAAAUAACUUUCCUGAGGAAGGAAGAAAAGAGCAGGUCCUGAGCCAUGGCAGUGUGGAUCCAAGCCCAGCAGCUUCAAGGAGAUGCCCUACGGCAGAUGCAAGCUCUGUAUGGCCAGCAUUUUCCUAUUGAGGUUCGCCAUUACCUCUCACAGUGGAUUGAGAGCCAACCAUGGGAUUCUAUCGACCUGGACAACCCGCAGGAAAGUGCCAAAGCCACGCAGUUGCUGGAGGGGCUGAUCCAGGAGUUACAGAAGAAGGCAGACCACCAAAUGGGCGAGGAUGGCUUUCUUCUGAAGAUCAAGCUGGGUCACUAUGCCACCCAGUUGCAGAAUACCUAUGAACACUGUCCUUUGGAGCUGGUGCGCUGCAUCCGGCACAUCCUCUACCAUGAGCAGCGCCUGGUACGAGAGGCCACAGAUAGCCCAUCCCCAGCUAGCAGUCUGGCUGAUGCCUUGUCUCAGAAGCACCUGCAGAUCAACCAGACUUUUGAGGAACUUCGUUUGGUCACUCAGGAGACUGAGAACCAGCUGAAGAAGCUUCAACAGACGCAGGAAUAUUUCAUCAUCCAGUACCAAGAAAGCCUUCGUUUACAAGCCCAACUUACUCAGCUAUCCCAGCUAAACCCCCAGGAGCGCAUGGCUCGGGAACCCACUUUGCAGCAGAAGAAGGCAUCAUUGGAAGCUUGGCUACACCGCGAAGCACAGACGCUGCAGCAGUACCGUGUGGAGCUUGCUGAAAAGCACCAGGAAACAUUGGCACUGCUCCGCAAGCAGCAGACAAUCAUCCUAGAUGAUGAGCUGAUUCAGUGGAAAAGGCGACAGCAGCUGGCAGGAAAUGGCGGACCCCCUGAGGGCCCUUUGGAUGGCCUGCAGGCUUGGUGUGAGAAGCUGGCUGAGAUCAUCUGUCAGAACCGCCAGCAAGUGCGUCGUGCCGAACACCUGUGCCAGCAGUUACCUAUCCCAGGGCCCAUUGAGGAAAUGCUGGCCAACCUCAAUGCCACUGUCACAGACAUUAUUUCUGCCCUCGUCACAAGCACCUUCAUCAUUGAAAAGCAACCUCCCCAGGUGCUGAAGACCCAGACCAAAUUUGCAGCCACAGUACGGCUGUUGGUCGGUGGAAAGCUGAAUGUGCACAUGAACCCCCCACAGGUGAAGGCCACCAUCAUCAGCGAGCAGCAGGCCAAAGCCUUGUUGAAGAAUGAGAGCACCCGAAAUGAGAGCAGUGGUGAUAUACUGAACAACUGCUGUGUAAUGGAAUAUCACCAGGCGACUGGAACCCUGAGUGCUCAUUUCCGCAACAUGUCUUUGAAGCGGAUCAAGCGCUCAGAUCGACGUGGUGCUGAAUCGGUGACUGAGGAGAAGUUCACAAUCCUCUUUGAGUCCCAGUUCAGUGUAGGUGGUAAUGAGCUGGUCUUCCAGGUGAAGACGUUAUCUCUGCCUGUGGUCGUGAUUGUGCACGGCAGCCAGGACAACAAUGCAACUGCCACAGUGCUGUGGGACAAUGCUUUUGCAGAGCCAGGCCGAGUGCCAUUUGCUGUGCCUGACAAGGUGACGUGGUCACAACUCUGUGAAGCCCUCAACAUGAAGUUCAAGUCUGAAGUCCAGAGUAGCCGAGGACUCACCAAGGAGAAUCUUCUCUUCCUGGCCCAGAAACUUUUCAACAGUAACAACAGCCACCUAGAAGACUACAACAGCAUGCUUGUCUCCUGGGCUCAGUUCAACAGGGAGAACCUUCCAGGGAGAAAUUACACAUUCUGGCAGUGGUUUGAUGGAGUGAUGGAGGUCCUCAAAAAACACUUGAAGCCUCACUGGAAUGACGGGGCUAUUCUGGGUUUUGUCAACAAGCAACAAGCCCACGAUUUGUUAAUCAACAAACCUGAUGGAACCUUCCUUCUAAGAUUCAGUGACUCGGAGAUUGGUGGUAUCACAGUUGCCUGGAAGUUUGAUAACACUGACAGAAUGUUCUGGAACCUGAUGCCCUUCACCACUCGUGACUUCUCCAUCCGUUCCCUGGCAGACCGUCUUGGGGACCUCCCAUACCUCCAUUUUGUGUAUCCUGAUAGGCCCAAGGAAGAGGUCUUCUCUAAAUACUAUAUGCCUGUCCUUGCAAAGGCAGUAGAUGGAUAUGUGAAGCCACAGAUCAAGCAAGUUGUGCCAGAGUUUGCAACCACAUCAGGUGACUCUGCAGGUAGUGGGGCAACCUACAUGGAGCAAGCUUCAUCCCCAGCUGUGUGCCCUCCAUCCCAUUACAACAUGUAUCCACAGAACCCUGAUUCUGUGCUGGACCCAGAAGGAGACUUUGAUUUGGAUGAGUCAAUGGAUGUCGCCCGACAUGUGGAGGAACUGCUGCGUCGCCCUAUGGACAGCCAAUGGAUCUCACAUGCGCAGUCUUGACCCUGCCCUUUUAACCUUCCCUAGAGAGACCAUGCCAAGACUGUGAAAUAUGGGAGGGCGCUGCCAUCCAGGAGUGCAGUUAACUGUGGCAGAUGUGACUUUCCUCUCCCCAUUGUAAGGCAGGCUUGCCUUGCUUUGGCUGAGAUGGUGUGGGAGGGGAGAUGCCUGAGAGGCAGUAGGUUGCCCUCUUUCCCGUCACCCAUGUACGCCAAAAAAAAAAAAAUGGCAGUGGAGUGUUAUAGCUUGGUUUUCCCCCCAUCUGCUCUGUUGAGAGGCUUGCCUUAGGCCUUCUGCCUCUUGGACACACUGCCACCUCCGUCUGCUAAGCUACCAUUUGAUUUGUAUUGGGAGCCAUUCCCUCCUCCUCUCCUCCCAGAGUUCAAGCCACACUGCCGUUCUUUGCCAAGAAGCCUCUGGAAGUCUGGGAGGAGAGAUGGGGCUGAGCAGCGGAGGAGAGAGGGCCUUAUCUGAAGGAUCGUCUUUUUGUAAUCUUUCUGUGUAUGAAUGUUCUUCGCUCAGCUGCGCCCAGGAAAAAUGGGCUGUCUGUGUGUAUGUAUGUAUGUGUGUGUGUGUGUGUGUUUGCGCAUGUGUGCCUGCAUUUGGCCUAUGUUUCCUGUGUGCAUGCAUAUCUGUGGUGUUCCGUGCAAGAGGCAUUGGUUUUGUGGCAGUGCUGCUUCUGUUUAACCCCCCAGGCCCUGAAGCCUGCUCCUGCCAGGUUUCCCUGGGUUGACGGAAACCCUCUGGAGCCAUUUUAAUGCCUUCCCCGCCAGCUCCACCACCAUCCCGGGCCCCAUCUCAGUCUUUUGUCUUGUUGCAAGAUAGUUGCUAACUUCUUGGCUUCUGGCAUCUAGUGCCGUAAGCUGUCGGCAUGUCCAGUGUUUUGUUCCUAGGUAUCACACACUUCCAGUGAGGAUCAUCUGAUGUACAAAUGAACUUCCCAUUCAGAGCACCAUAGUGCUGAUCUGUACCCCAGGCACAAGCCUUGGAACAGUGGGGUGUAAUGGAUGGGGUGAUUGACUAGGAUUCAGGAGACCUGGGCUUGAAUCCCCACUUGGCCAUGGAUCUUCACUGGGGCAGAGGAGUCGGGGAGGACUGAUAAAACCACUCCUUAAAUAUCUCACCUUGAAAGCCCUGUUGUGAUCUCUAUAAGUUGGUUCCAGCUUCCUGGCACAUAAGACAACAGAUUCAGCAAAUUGUUGAGGGUGUUGUUUUGUUUUAAAGAGUUGCAAAGGGCAGAAUUAAAAAAAAACACUGAAAUAAUGGUAACGGAACACAUACGUAUACACCCACUUUGAUUGGGAAAUGGGAGCAUGUUUCCUUGCUGGCUUCACAGAAGAAGGGAUGCUCUGAUGGGAGACUUCUGGAUAUGCUGAGAAAAUUUACCACUUCUGUCUUCUCUCCUCCCUGCAAGCUUGACCUCUCACCUAGCUGAACAGUUGGGUAGAACAUCUCCUUAUAAGCACUAUUUUUAUAUCUUCUAGUCAAUAAAGCAGACUAUUUUAACACAGCAUUACAGAUUUCUCCCAUAUAUGUUUGUAGGGGAAGUGAUUUUCCUUGGGGAGGAAGGUUCCAGUUUCUGUUUCUACCACCAUCGUGCUCUCCUGUCCCUACUCUGGUGCUGACAGUAGUGUCUGGCAAGCAACUUUGGAUUUCCUUUUAAAAAUGGAGGCACUGUCACAUGGUGGAUAUACAAGAGACGACUGCUUUUGGAUUUUGCUCCAAUAGUUGGAGUGCUUCUUCAUCUGUCAGCAAGCAAAUGGCAGAACGAAAGCUUCUUCUGGCAAUCUGUAGCCAUUCAGGUGUAAGGCAAGAGGAACUGAGUAUAGGGGACUGAUAGAUGAAGUUAAGUGCUGCUGCUGAGCUGAAAGCUAUUCUUUCCCAAACUACUGGUGCAGUCCUUACAGUUCAGAUCUGUUCUUGCAAUUUCAUGUCUGCUGAUUCCAACUAAACACCAGAAGCUUGGGACACUCUGUGUAUUUAGGAUGUACGACUCACCCUCUAACACAGUGGUCCCCAACCUUGGGCCUCCAGAUGUUCUUCAACUACAACUCCCAGAAGCCUUCACCGCCACCUCUGCUGGCCAGGAUUUCUGGGAGUUGAAGUCCAAGGACAUCUGGAGGCCCAAGGUUGGGGAGCACUACUCUAACACAGACACACCUCAUCAAGUAAGGUUUUGGGCAGAAGAAAUCUGUUCUGAAUCCAGAUUCUCCCCUCUCUCAGUGUUACUGCCACUAGCCAUUGCUGCACAGAUUAUUCUGUGUUCAUUUGAAAGUGGAAUCAUUGGGUACGAUUUGAACCAGAGAGCUGCUCUGCUCUUUGCUCUUCUGGACUUCUCCAAAGGAAUAUUCAUUCCCAGAUAUUUUCUCUCAAAGCUCAGCACAAUAAGAUACUCUUGGCCUCUCCCCAAGUUUGCUCACUGAGCUGGAGGAUCACAUAUUCUAUGCACUUUGCACUGGCAGAAAAUCUGAAAGCAACUUGUUGAAGGCUACAGAGGCAGAUAUGUGUCUCCAGGGCAAACACAGUCUAUUCGGUCUGAGGUCAUGCUGUGAAGGCUUGACUGAUGUUGAAUUGAUUUCAUAUUGUUUGCUGAUUUCAAAUGCUCACAAAUAGUCUACUCUCAGAGGACUGUGCCAGACAGGAUUCCCUUCCCAGGAACAAUAAUAUUGUGUUAUUUCAGCAUGCAUGCUCCUUCUGGUGGAAUCAUCAGAAAGAGGCAGCCAAAGCGUUCAGGGCAGUAGGGCAGCUUCCCUUAGGAGGAAAAGUUACCAUUUCAUAGGUUCUGUGGCCUAGGAAAAAGUGAAGGAAAGACAAGGUAGAGGUGUAUGAAAUAAUAAUGGUCUAGAGAAAACAGACAGGGUGGCAUGCUUCUCCCUGCCCCAUUGUGUUAAAACUUGGAGUCAUCCAGUGAAUGGGGGCGGGGUGGGAGGGAGAGAUUUAAGAUAGAUAAAAGGAUGUACUUCUUCACACAAUACAUAGUAAAAUGGUGGAACACCUGCCAUAUAGGAUGUAGGGAUAGCUGCCAGAUGGGACAGCUUUAAAAUGAGAUUCGAUAAAUCAGUGGGGUUCAUCAGGAGACACUGAAUAGGAUGACAGUCUAUCACCUUGAGUAUCCUAAACAGUUUGCUUCUGUAUUUCAUUUGCUGGGGAAUGCAAGACAGAGGGUUUAGUUGCCUUCAUGUCCUGCUGGCAGGCUUCCCAGAGGCAACUGGGUGACUGUUGUAUGAGCUGUUUUGAAGUAGAUAGAUCUUCAGCCUGAUUCCAGAGAGCUCUUAUUGGCAAAUGACCCUAUAGCAAUCAUUGGAAAAUCAUGGGGAGUCAUAAUUGCUCUCACCUACCCAGUCCUGCUGUUCUGGGUCAUUUGGAGUGAAGUUAAAAAUCUGUUCUGCUACUGUGUUGAGUGCCUUUUGGACAGUACCUUUGAUGUCAGCUGAGGCCAGAUCACAGCUCUCCCUCCUACCUCCCUGCACUUACUCUGAAGGAGCAGUACCUUUUAAAAACUGCUUUUCUUUAACAUUUUGUCUUGAGGCUAUAUGCUCACCUUGACAAAUGUGCUACCACAUGCCUCCAGCUUUUCUGUCAGGAUUCUCUCCUCUCAUGGCAAGGUUAUCAUCAAGCUACAAGGCUAGUCCUGCCCUCUGUUUGUUGCCAAGAGAUAAGGACAUGGCUGCAAGUUGUGCAAUGUUUACAAAAGCUUUAGGAUACAUUCUGGAAAAAGCCUUCCAAGGGUAUUCUUAGUCUGUGAUUGUCUGUAACAGCAGAGUGAAUUGAGUCCAUUGAAUUUUAAAGGCUAAAUUACAUCCUCUAGCAGUUUCCUGUCCUUGUUUACAUAUUUAAUAACAUUUAGCAUUGGAAUCCACCACCACCUUUGUGUGUCUGAAUCUUCUCUCUGAUUUCUUAUGGCUUUUAUAUCCAUGUCCCCUAUCCUGAAUGUUACUUCUGAUCAGCCCAUUUUUUCUCUCUUUCCUUUCACAAUCUCUAUGACCUUUCUUGUGCCUGGACCUCUUGCUCUCCCCCCCCCCCCCCGGUGCUCCAGGCUGGAAACAAAUAGAUAUUAUUUGAAAAACGGGGAUUGUUGGAAGUAUUGUGAUGGAAGCAUUCUUCAGGUGUACAUGACAUAUACAUACAUAUGCAAGCACAUGGAACCAAACACACACCCUUCCCCCCCCUCCUACACAGAUCUGGUCAAGUACAGAUUUUUGAAAACUCUGUUUGCCAGACCUAGUUAGUAGGACAGCUGUCCAUAUAUCAUGGGCAAUGAAAUGUCAGGCAUGUGACGCUCAACACUAGCUGAAUGAAAGCACUAUUGAAAGUAUAGGGGUAAGGACCAAAUUGCUGUUGAUAUGCUUUUUGACUGCAGCUGCUGUUAUCCCCCAUCAUUGGCUUUACCAGCUAAAGCUGAUUGGAAUAUAUUUGGAGGGCCUCAUCAGUCUCAUCGCUGAUCUGUGUCCAAACCUUUUCAAAGCUUUGCCUUGGCUAAGCUGUCAACCUGAUUUCUCCAUAACUCCUUGCAUUUCUCUUUUUUGUGUGCACUGUAGAUGAGAAGUCCCAUGUUCCCUGUGUGGUGGAGCACAGCCUUUGGCACACUGAUGCCUUACACAAGUCUCUUAAUUAUAAAUGAAUUGCAGCACCACCUUAUACAUGUUGACUCAGAAAUAAGACCCACUUAUAGGACUCAUUCCCAGGGAAGGGUAUGUAUAGGAGGGCAAACUCAGGAGAAGGCCGUAUCGUCGUGGAAAAAAUACCGAUUGCAGGAACAGGUGAUACCUUUAACUGACCAUUAAGAAGAUAAACCAACAAGCCAAGAUUUCAAAGAUAAAUCAUCUUCAAGGCUGUGCAUCAAGUUCUUGUGGGUAGUUCCAAAUUUUAUGUAAUGUUAUUAAUGUCCUAAAUUCACAUGGCUGAUGAUGUAGAGCCCAGAUUAGCUUCUUAAUGGAAAUAGCUGUAGCAUGCAUUUUGAUUUCAAGCUCCUCAGCUGGCAGUUUGGAAUUUAUGGCGGUUUUUUCUAAAGCACUGUAGGACAUGGUUUUCAAAAUCAUGCUGGAGGACAACAUGUGUUUUAAAUUUAGUCUUUCUUUUUAAACCUGAAAAGUGAGAAAGGUUUCAGUAUUUUUAAAUGUCAGGUUUAGGGUUUGGAAAACGUCCUCCUUGAAUGAAAAUAACCCAAAGUAUUAUGGAACUUUUGAGAUUAACCUUUAUUUCAGUACAGACUCUUGGGUUACCAUCCUUGAGCCAUUAUGAUGUUUUGAAGAUCACAGUCUCUGAAAACUCACAUGGAAAUUAAUUUGUUAGUCUUAAAAGGUACCACAUUGCAUUUUGUUUUUGUUUCUGAAACCGACAUGAUUACCUCUCAGAAAAUUAUUUAGGUUACAACUCUUGAGAAUCCCACAGAUCUGAGUGGGUGUUCCAAGCUCUGUGCAGAAUUGAAAACAAUAGGGAGCUUCUUUAUACCAGGUCAAGGGGUUCCCCCCCACAUCUGAAUCUAUCUUUUCUGCUCUAUUGGUAGCUCUUCUCCAAGUUCUCAAAAAGUAAUCAUUUUCUUCAUCUUCUGUUUGAUGCCAUGAGUUGAAUGUGGAACAUUAUGUAUCUAAAGCAGUGGUUCCCAACCUUGCUGUUGUUCUUCAACUAACGCUGCUAGAAGUCAUCGCUAUUAGUUAUACGGACAAGAUUUCUGGGAGUUGUAGUCCAAGAACAUAUGGAGACCCAAUGUUGAGAACCACUUAUCUUAGGCAUGGACUUGGUCACUAAGCUAUUGUUCCUCCUGGUCAUAUGUUAUUUUCUAACUGUGGGAUUGACUUUUGUUUUUGAAUGAACCAUUUGUAUCAUCCAGAGUUAUAGAACAAUCAAAAACUUAAAUAGAACAAAGGAAACUGGGUAGUACUCUCUCCAGGAGAGUCUAAAGGCGAUAGGGUCAGUCCAGGUGUACAAAUGAGGAGUAGACCUUUGCAAAUUUAGUGGCUUUUAAUUGCCCAUUCCAAACCAAAACACCCACAAAUGCUUUGUGUUACAACAGGGAUGACUUGAAGCAAUACAUUGUUCCUGGGGAAAAUCCAUUUAGCUCCCAGCUAUUAUGAGGAUUCCACCAAAGUUUGGAAGCAGCAGCGAAGCCUGAAUGUAAUGACAGUGGAUGAAGUCAUAAGCCCUGUUAGUCAGAACACCCUGGGACACCAAGCGUCCGAGCCCUGACUCCACUCUGCUGCUGUUUGUCAACAACCAAGGGAGGGUCUUUUGCUCAUUGCUAGUCUACUUGCAAUGCAUGCAAAAGGUCCUGGUUCAAUCUUUGAUGUCUCUGGUGCAGAUUGAAAGAAACCACAGUCUGAAUUUCCUGGAGAUCCUCUGCCAUUCACUGUAGACAGUACUGACAAUAUCAAUCAUCCAGUUCAAUAGAAGGAAGCCCAUGAACAUUUCUAGGGCCAUAGAUAUGUUUGUGUUAGUCUGUUGUAGAAAAAACAACACAAAGUCUUGUUCCACCCUGUAAAGUUCUAUUGGGCAUGGACUCUGGCCUACUGUCUAUGGAUGCCUAUGCCAUACAUAACCUAAUGCUCCUCAAGAUUCCACAAGACUCUUGUUUCAUUUCUAAAUUUUUCUUGACAUGAGGCAAAACACUGGUGUUAUAUAAAGAAAUGCCUACACUUCCUGUAAAAUGAGCGAGGAGGUGCUUGAAAUGUUUUACAACAUGUUAAAAGUAGACAGAAUUUGGGAACAUCUUGAGUCAACACAGCUUUACACGGGAACACAAACAGGUCUGCAAUCUGGCAUCAGGAUUCCUUCCCUUUGCAUAUUGAACAUCAUGAUCUACUAUUAGAGGUAUGCCCUACAAUGGCUCCCAACAAAUGCUUUUGGAUGUCAACUCCCAGAAUCCCCAGGUCACAUAGCAAAUAGUGAGGGAUUUGGAGAGUUCAAGUCCAAAAUAACGGACGGGCCAAAUGUUGAGAAACACGAUCAUGUCUAUAUGGAGGAGACUUGAACAAGAGCACCAGGUUUCUGCUCAUUUCACAGGAAAUCACACACAAAUUUCUUGCAGGUCACGCCAACUCCAUUUUCACUAGUGACCAUGAACUGGAGUUCGUACUACCUUCAGAGAGAAAUGUGUAAAGUUAGGCACCCAACAUAAAUAUUGCACUAAUAAUAAAUUGCUCUGCCAAAACUAGAAACAGUUUUGAUGGUACAUAGAAACAAGCUUUCUGCUAAAAUGCCACCUUUUUUGUAAAAAA